UGUGGUCGUUCUUUUCAUUCCCUUCCUGUGUUGCGGCACUACACUAUGGAACGUCCACAGACCCGUCGCAGGCAUUCGACUCUGUGGAGAAGAUUUCAAAUAUUUUUCGAGCAAUGGGCCUUCUUGCCCACGUUUACUGUGGUUUCUUACAUCUGGAAAAGUAAGUAGUUCCUGCUAUGUUUCUCUAACAUGCACGGUAACGUUGAUGUAUUUGCUUCGAAGAAACUUUGGGUCCGUACGUUUACAUCAAGCAAACCCGUAUGGCCUACGAGGAGUCAGCCAACAUGACAUUCGUCAGGCGAGCAACGUCAGUUCCUGUUCCAAGGGUCUAUGCUGCUCUUCGUUUGCCACCAUGGAUCCUUUGGUGGCGAAGGGGUUGGGAAUGGGGAAAGACUCGGCGCUAUCCGGACACCGCAUUCAUUUUCAUGGAAAGGGUCGAUGGAGAGUCCCUGGAUAUUCAGACCUGGCUUUCCCUCGACGAUCCCGUGCGGGUCCGGAUUAUCACUCAACUCCAUAAUUAUAUCUCACAGCUCAGGUCGCUGACACCACCUCCUGGCACCUUGAUUGGCUCUGUGGCUGGUCUGCCGGUCUCCGAUGAUCGACUUGCGCAGGGCUGGCCUACGGAUGAGCAGGCCGGAGUCAGCGGGCCCUACGCGGAUGAGUCAGAACUGAACUCGGCCCUUCGUCGACAGCACGACGUGUCCGAGUUUCCACCAAACGUUGCAGAGUCACACUCACAAUCACACCCCCUGGUAUUCACACACGGAGACAUCGAUCUGCGCAACGUGAUGGUGAAGGGUGAUAAGGUCGUGGCGUUGAUUGACUGGGAGGCUUCAGGGUGGUUCCCUGCUCAUUGGGAAUAUCUGAAAGCACAUUGGGUACCAACUGUGCAUGACAAGGAACAUGAAUGGAGAGAUCGGAUCAAGGAAAUUGUAACCCCAUACGAAAUGGAGCGUGCAGCGGAUAAGGAUGUGGUACUACACCUCAUAGAUGAACUCAGAUGGCACUAGGCUGGUGUCCCUGGAAUAGACCUUUCAUGUGUUAAUCAUAACUCUGUAUUUCUGCUGUAAAUGCUUAAGUGGG